AUGAGGCUGCGCAUGGAGCCGGCGGCGGCCGUGCCGGGCAACCUCUCCCGCGGCGGCGGCGGCGGCGGCGGCGGCGGCAGCGGCGGCAGCGGCAACGAGAGCGACGGGGCGGCGGCGGCGUGGGCGGCGGGGUGGUCGGCGGCGGCGCUGGCCUCGCAAGCGGCCGCGCUGCUGCUCAUCUUCGCCCUUUCGGCGCUGGGCAACGGGGCGGUGGUGCUGGUGAUCGCCCGGCACCGGCAGCUCCGCACGGUCACCAACGCCUUCGUGCUGUCGCUGUCGCUGUCGGAGCUGCUGGGCGCCCUGCUCUGCCUGCCGCUGGCCUUCCUCAGCCUGCUCAGCCGCCCGCCCGGCGCUUGGCUCUUCGGGCAGCGCCUGUGCCUGGCCAGCGCCGCGCUCCACGCCGGGCUGGGCAUCGCCGCCACGCUCACCAUGGCCCUGCUCUCCUUCGACCGCUACUGUGCCAUCGUCCGCCAGCCUCGGCACAAGAUGGGCCGGCGCCGCGCCGCGCAGCUGCUGGCCGCGGUCUGGCUGGCAGCCCUGGCGCUGGCCGGGCCCUGGUACGGGCUGGCGGGCGAGGGGCGUCGCGAAGCCCGUCCCGGCGCCUACCGCUGCGUCUACGUGCUGCCCUGGGGCUCUUCGCGGCUCGGGCCGCCCUACGGCGCCGCCCUCAUCGUGCUGUGCUACCUCCUGCCCUUCGCCGUCAUGUGCUUCUGCCACUUCAACAUCUGCCGGGCGGUGCGGCUGGCCGAGAGCCGCGUGCGGCCGCUCACCACUUACGGGCACCUGCUGCGCGCCUACGGGGAGAUGCGCACGGCCACCACCGUCCUCAUCAUGAUCGUCUCCAUCAUCUGCUGCUGGGGGCCCUACUGCAUCCUGGGGCUGGCCGCCGCCGCCGGCCGCCUGCCCUUCUCGCCCACCAUGGACGCCGUGGCCAGCGGGAUGGCUUGGGCCAACGGCGCCAUCAACCCCCUCAUCUACGCCGCCCGUAACCCCAACAUCUCGGUGCUGCUGCGGCGCAGCCGGGAGGGCGGCUACAGGACUAGGAACAACAUGGUCGCCUACCUGUCGGUGCCGGGCCGCCAGCCGGAGCCGCGGAGCCGAGCCGAGCGGGUCCGGGAACGCUACAUCAAUCGGCACAGCGGGCCCCCAGGCAGCGCCAUAUCCUCGUCCAGCCCGGCCAGCGGGGGAGAGGUGGCCAUGUGGGCCUGCAAGACUCCCGCUGUGCUCUUCUGUCGGGAUGGGCAGCCCGACACUGUUUCUGAUGCCACCCUGAAGGCCAGAGCAGGUGCCAUCGACACCAGCCUAUGAAGGGAUGGGGGCCGGCAUGGAGGCGUCUGGCCCCGGGCUGCCUCCCUGAAGAAAGUCCUGCUGCUUGGAGCCCUUUGCAGCCGGAUUGCCAGGAAUCUGUGAUGGGACUGGGUUUCUUCUCUACUGUGUGAGCUCUGCUUUGGUGACUCCAUCUGCGGGCAGCAGGAGCUCCACAGGGAAGGGGAAUGCCCCUUCCUUUUCAGCAGGCCUGAUGGAUGCAUCGGUGACAGCCACCGAGCCCAGCCGAGGCAGAGCUCAGCUGCGAGAACAGGACAGCGUUUGCUCCAGACCUGCAGAAAGUGCCACUGUAAAGCUCCGAGGCUGACACACCAAAGCAGCCCAAAGUGACUGAAUGACUGUGGGAGCUGUUUGUUAAGUGCCAAAAAAGCAACUGAAAGCUGAGCACUGACAGCUGG